CUCCUCCUGUUCUGUAAGGACAGGGAGCGAGUGCAGUGUUGGCUCUGUCUCGUCGCGGUCUCCUUGGUUGGGUUUAGCACAUUAUAAAUGCUUUACUAUACGGUACUAUUUUUGCCAGAGGCGUAUCCCCACCCUUUGGGAUGACCUUGAGGGUACUGUGGAUUGUUUAUUCAUUUUCUUUUUUUUCGGGUCAAGCAUAAGUAGUUUUUGUUAUCUUCGCCUGAGAUAAAUCGCCUCAGAAAGCCCGGGUCAGUCGCCAUAAGAGUAGGAAGAGACAAUGUUUCUAUUUCGAGGAGCGAGGUCUGUGGUUCCUUCAUCACUGAGGUAUUACAACUUCACGAGUUCAGUGCAUGUUGCAAGAAACACACCGCGGGACGCCAUAUGGGCAUUGCAUAAGUCUAGCAUUAUUUCCUCCUCUCAAGUGCGUGACAGAGGCGCAGAUAGUGUCAGUGUUUUGCAUUCUGGAGGAAUACUACAGGACAAAUCUGUCAAAAGCAACAAAUAUGUGUCUCAUCCUUGGAUGAAGAGGGAACCAGCCCCACAGGUUCAAAAGGUACUGCUUUCUACAAGCCCACAGGGAGGAGCUGAAAAGCCAGAGCCUGAGAAAAAGCAGAAUAAAACAAAAGAGCUGAAGAAGGUUUUUAAGGAAUACGGGGCUGUUGGUGUUUCAUUUCACAUUGGAAUAUCUCUGAUUUCUCUUGGAAUUUUCUACAUUGCUGUGUCUAGCGGGAUCAAUAUGACAGCUGUCCUUUCCAAGCUGGGCUUUAGUGAAUCUGUUGUUCAGUCGAAGAUGGCUGCUGGCACUAGCACAUUUGUGCUAGCUUACGCUGUUCACAAACUCUUUGCUCCAUUUCGGAUCAGCAUCACUCUUGUGUCUGUACCACUCAUAGUACAGUAUCUUCGGAAAACAGGAAUUUUCAAAUCCUCACCACCUCGUCUGUGAACAGGCAUGUUUCCAGUGGUGUACUGAGUGUUCACUAUAUAUAU